CGUGGCCUCGAGAGAGGUGGGCGGGGCUUCUCCCCACCCCGGCGCCGGAAGCUUCGGCAUCUCCCCGGGGGAGUCGGGCUUGAAGGGCCGCUGAGGAAGAGGGGGGCAGCGGCUCCCUUCUCUUUCCCUCCCUCUCUUCCCUUCCCUCUCUCGCCCUCUCACCGUCGCCCUCCGAAGCCGUUUCCGCCAUGGCCGACUCUGGGCUCCCGGCUGCCGGGCGGCCGCUUACCGACGACGAAAUGGCGGAGGUGAAGAAGGAAGUUUUGGAACGAUUGCGCCGCUAUCUGUGUGACAAAAUUAUUGCAGAAAGACACUUUGAUUAUCUACGUUCAAAAAAAAUACUCAGCAGAGAGGACACUGAAGAAAUCUCUUGUCGAUCUUCAAGUAGGAAGAAAGCUGGGAAGCUGCUGGAUUACUUAGCAGAACAUCCCAAAGGACUGGAUGCACUAAUAGAAUCUAUUAGAUGGGAAAAAACACAGACCUUCCUGUUAGAAAAGAUAACUGAUGCUGUCUUGAAGGCAAAAAAUGAAAAACUGGAAAGCCUCAAAGGCUUGAACUGUAGCAACUGCAUGGCUUCAGGGUAUGACCAAUCGAACAAUCUCUCCAGAUCACAGUCAAAUGAAUCUAAUCUCUUUGAGAAACAAAAAGACAGAGAAACCACCUACCUUCAUCCGGAAGAGUUUAGUACAUCUGCUUUUGUAUCCGCCGCUUCUCUUCAUUCAAUGAAUUUGCCGAUUACUGAGGUUGGAAGUACGGAAAACUCUGUUUUCUCAGCCACGCUUCCUGGCCCUGGAGAUUCUGGAGCCCCACCUCUUCCGCCGCAAUUGCAAAAUGAACAAGAGGAAACAUGUACGACUUCGAGUGACAGUCCUUUCCUGCCUUUAAGAUCCCGCUCUCUUCUUCCGUAGCGAUAUUUUUCCUUGAGUACUAUCAUGCUGGAUACCUUGAACAGUUUUGGGUGGUGGGAAAAAAAGUGUCUAACUGUAAAGUCACAAUAGAUCAAGAAAUAGCUUGACAGCUCACUGCAUCUUAUAAGUUUUUUAUUAAAAAAAAUUGAACAGUUUCCCCAUUAAUUCAUAUUUUAAAUGUUCGUUUGUAUGCUUUUAUUGAUUUUUUUUGCAGUGUAAAAGCUUUUAAAUGGUAUUUUCUAUUCAAAAACAAUAUAGGCAAAAUGAUGCUCAGUUGAACAUUUUAAGGAGGUUUUUCCUACUGUUUUCUAUAUGCACUGUCUGCAUAAAAUUCACACCGAGAAAGCAUAAUUUGAUCCUCUUCUGCAUCGUAAGAACAAUUUAAUCUGGUGAUUUUUUGGGCUUGCUGAUUACUGAGAACUUCCUAGUUUUCUCCCAACUUACAUCAAUUCGUGCUGAUGAAGUGUCAUGAGGAGGGAAGUUUGCACCAAGGAAAGUUUUGAUAUGAACAUAGUAGUCAUGAAUGAGGGUGGUGAGUCUUACAUCUCACUGGUGUUGGCAUUACAUUGGUAAGUUCUGCUUGGUUACUAUUGACAGGAAGUAAAGAAGCCUCGGAACAUAGGGAGACGUAUUCUUUGAUUUGCAACCCAAGUAUACGAUUGUUUUGUAAUGUAUCAUGGGGCGCCUGCCUUAUCCAGUUUUUGUGUGACAUGAACAAAUUCCUGGCUGUAGGGUUAAGUGCCUUCUUUUGGAGUAAGACAUGAUCUUCUGAGUAAUACUCUAUUGUCACUGAUCUUCAAAAGCAAUUAAGUGUGUACUUCACAAAUCAAAUUCAUUUUUAUUCACUAUCAAAACAUUUAACUUUCUAGGCAUUUUACUUCGUUUUAGUACAUAUGCCUUGGGCUCCUUUACAAUACUGAAUAUAUAUAUAAAAUUAACAGCUUAAUUACUCUCGCAAAGUGAAACAGGUUGCCGCAAAUAUGAAUUCCCUGCAAGCCACUAAAGGGAUUUAUUGUUGCUAACUAACAGGGAAAAGAUGCAGCAAAAGAAAGAUGGCAGUAAAGAGGGGCCUUACUUUCCUGUGAACUUACAGGAUUUGCCAUUUUUUAUUAACUUUUUUCUAAACCUCUUUUCUACUCUUAAUACUAUUUUUUUCUAAACCUCUUUUCUGUUCUAAUACCAUUGUUGCUUAGCUUUACUAAAGAUGUGUACUUCUCAACAUUUGCGAACGUACAAGGAAGCGAACAGGAUAUUCUUUUAAAUUCCAGAUGUAUACACUUUUAAAAGUAUUUGCGCUCUGGGCAUUAUCAGGGAUGUAGUGUGUUUUUUGCUGUCUUCUGUGCUAACUGUAUGUCUACUCUAAACCUCAGGGAAGCAGUGCCUUUUCUAUAUCCGGUCAAAAAAAAGUCUCAGAAAUACCAACGUAUUGUGAAAUGUGCCUGCAUUUUUCUUUCACAAGCCCUUGGAUUAAAACGUGCAAUAAAUUACACUAAUUUACA